AUGUGGCUCCUUCAAGGCCGCUUUGCCGAAGACAGCCGCCAGGAGCUCAGCAAGGUCCUCAAGUACGGUCAGACAUAUACCCUCGGACGCAAGAUCCCAGCCGACAUCGUCAUCGAUAGCAAGUUUGUCUCGCGGACAUCCUGCCACAUCACUGUAGCUUCAGCAGAAAGUGUCACUACUCUACCUGCAGACACCUCAAAUCCGUCGGCCGUUCACGACGACGUUGACCUUCGUCCCCGAGUCACAAUACGCUUCGAAGCCAACAAGAGCAGAAAGACGUUUGGCGUGACUCAGCAGCCAAGCGCACCUCGCCGAUUGUCGACCUCUGAACCGACAGAGGUGCAGGUGCCCGCUGACCAGGAGCAUGCCCUGCAAGAUGGCGACUCCUUUGCCCUCACAACCACCAUCUCUUUGCGGCUAGUGUGGAAGCCGAUAUCUGUCUGCUUCGCAGCAAGGGUCAAGGAGACCGCCAUCUCGCCGCUUCGCAAACCCGCUGGAGAGCUUGGCAUCCAUCUAUCGUCUGCAAAAUCUCGCUGGCGAGAUGGCUAUACUCACCUCUGUCUCGCGCAGGUCAAGCCCACCGAAUCGGUGCUGUGUGCGCUCCUCCAAGCGCGACCCAUCGUCGCCAUCGACUAUUUCCAAGAGCUCUUCCGACGCGCAGCUCUACCUCGUCACGACCCAGACUCGCUCGAGACGUCGUUCGACGAGCUUGACUUAGUCGCAUACCAGCCGUCCUUUGACCAGCAAGAGCUCAGCGAUGUGCCGGAUCUACAGCAAAAAUUGCUGCCUCAAGAACGCCGCACCUACAUGCUCAAAGGUACCACCUGCGUCCUGUUCGCUCUUCCCAAUGAAGACUCGGAAGUGUCCAUCUACAAAAGCAUCCUCUCUGUUGCCGGCGCUCACGUCUUUACGCACAAUCCGCAGGCAGAGAAUUUGCGGACCAAAGCAGACUUUGCGCAGCUGCUGAUGCCGUACAAGAACAGCGCACUCUCGUACUGGCGCAACAGUGGCAGCAAAGCGCGCAGCGAAGCGCCGGACGAAGGUUUGGUGGUGCUGGUCGGAGCGGUGCAUGACAAUGAGGCCUGGAAGGAUGCAUGUACGGUAGCGUGCACCAAUCUCCGCAUCGCCAUGCCAACCGGAUUUCACGCCAUCACGAAUGCCAUCUUUUCGGCCGACGUUCGCGCUCAUCUCAAUGUCAUUCCAAAUAUGACGGACGGUCAAGAAGAGCCAGAGGCUACUGCUCCUGCGGCCGCAGAAGUGCCAGCUCAAACUAGUACCGAAGCAGGAACCGCCGCGGAUGCGACCGAGAUCGAGCCUCUCACCACCAAUGUAUCUCCGCCACCUCCACCGGCCGCGAUACCACGCAACGAAACAAGCGCAGCCAACACCAUGACACGUGAAGCCGAGCAAGCACCUGCGCCCAGCACAGAGCCCUCCGCCACGUCACGCGAGCCUUCCAGGAGACCUCUCACACGUCGCACACGCAAGCCUAUCCAAGAUGUCGAAGAGGUUGCGCAAGACCUUGCCCACGCAGAGCAUCGUCUCCAAGAUGACACAUCUAUGCCGAACGCUAACCAUAUCUCUUCUUCUCAGCUUACGCGAGCCGAGCGUAGUGGUUUGACGAGGCGCACUGGUGCAAGCCGGGCCAACGCGCGACGGUCCGACGUUUUUGAUGCGUUGCUUCGUCCCGACGGUAGCACUGCUAUUGAUGCUGAUGCAGAGUCUGGCUCCUUUUCCGUCGGUAGUCUUGCGGAUGCUGCGAUUGGUUCGUCUGUGCCGAAGAGCAGACGGUACCGGAUGAAUCUGGACGAAGAAGACCGCGCGCAGACGCAGGCGCCAGAAGCGAGUCAGGCGAGGGACGCGGCUCCUGCCGAUGACGGCGCCGGUCACAAGAGGAAAUCUGCGCAACAGAAAGAGGCAUCCGGCAUCACAGCCGAUGCAGAUGGUCUUCGAAGUCCAGCGUCCAAACGAGUCCGCACAGGUGACGCCGAUGCCGAUCAAGAUGAUCAACCUAGUGCUGUCCAACCUCACUCACAACCGACACGCAUCAUCCGUGCCGACCCAGCCGACAACGUCAGCGGCCUCUCCAACGGUGCACAACCCGACUCGGAGCCUCAAUUCCUGCAAGCAAUCAACACGCAGCGCGCCAAAGGCAAAAAGAUGGACGACUUCGACGUCGAAUUCAACCGGCUUCAGAUCGCCAAGCCUGGAACACAAUCGGGUUCGAUGGACAAGUUCCUCGGGCCUCGAAGCGGACGCGUGGGGCGGGAGCAGCAGCAGCAAGGUUCGAACGAAGGUGCGAUCGAUGAGGACUACGAAGCAUUCAAGCAGAUGGCUGAGGAAGAGCUGAGGAUACACGUGAGGGGCAACUUUGUCCAAGUGGAUUUCGUGCCUCUGUUGAGGAAGAAGGUGGUACACGAGGAGCUGGCGUCACGACGGGGAGUGGGUCAGGACGUUCCAAACUUUAAAAAAUUCCGCCCGAAAGCUGCGACUGCGUCGAGCGGGACAGCAGCUGGGCCGGCUGCAUCGCACGCGAGGCCUCGUAUAUCGCUGGUGCUGCCGGAAAGCAACGACUACGGUCUGGGCCAAGCGUACUGGGAGGAGCAGCAGUCGGGUCCAUCCGCGACCAGUGCCAACGCUGCACGUGGGGCGAGAUCACGCACCGCAGCCAGACAGAUCAUCCUAUCGGAGGAUGAAAGCGAGACCAUCGGAUCGUCUCGAAGCAGAGGUCGGACGCGGGUUGCUCUGGACCCGGCAUCUGUCGAAGAAACAGCCGUCGAUCUGGGCCUGGACGGUCUCGAUUCCAUGGAUUCCGAAGACGAGGCCGACAUGACCAGGAUGUUGGAACGCCGGCAUGGGGGAAGAUCGCAGAGACCGCUUGCUCGAGGGAAGAAGAGGGCGGCGACGGCGCUGGUGCAAGACAGCGAUGAUGAGAUCGAGAGUGCGGGUGGUUCUGCGAGUCGCAAAAGGAGGGGUCCGGCGGGGAGGAGCUCGACGACGAUGCUGGUGGAUGACGAUGUUGGUGGGGAUGACAGCGAUGACGGUGAGGAGGAUGACGACGGGAAUUUCGCUGGGUUUGGUAGGAGCACCUCGACGAGGAGGAGACGAGAUCCACCUGCGACGGGCACCAGUCGAACUCGACGCUCAGUCUUUUGA